AUGGCGCAGGCGGGUGCCCGGCUUUUGGCCGAGGCCAACGGUAUUGAUGAUGGUGACUUGAAAGACCCGGCGCUGCGCUCCCUCGACGGCUCCCUCCGCUGCCCCAUUUGUCAAGGCUACUUUAAUCACCCCGUCCUGCUGAAGACCUGCUCUCACAAUUUCUGUUCCGAGUGCAUCCGUCGACACUUGACGCAGCAAACACGCAACUUCAAGAAACAGUGUCCCAUCUGCAGCAAGGACUGUGGCAUCUCGGACAUGAUUCCCAACAUCGGAUUGAGUCACGUACUCGAGAUGUACCGCCGCGCCAAACCACUGCUACUGCGCAAAGCCCAGGCUGGCGAGACAAUGCCCCCUGCCACAGAGACUGGAAAUGACGUCAACACCGCUGAAGGCGCGCUGCCCGUCCCCUCUUCGCCGCCCACAGUCGCAUCUCCACAGGCGCAAUCAAAGCGCUCGAAACGAAGCGCACGCUCUCAGGGGCCCAACGCCCAAGCUGAGCCUUCCGUGACCACACCCAGUAGCAAAAGGGCCAAAGCCCAUGCCCCCAAAACCGUGCAGUGCCCCGUCUGCGAGGCCUUGGUCCCUGAGAAACUCAUCAACCAACACCUCGACACAAAUUGCGUCCUCAUCACCGAUCGCAAGGCCUCCCUGCGAAGCUCACCGGGCAACGGACCUCCCAGCUCUACCCCAUCCAGCUCCGAAGCCCCCGUUGCUCCUCUACCCGCUACGAUACAGCCUGCCAUUGCCACACACGCUCCCCAGCCGCCGCCUGAUUUGGCAAGCACAGCCACCGCUGGUGCUCAAGUAGCACAGAACGUGCCUCCUCCGCCUGCUACAGAGACAGCCUCAACCGGCCCUACCCCUGUUCAGGCUUUGGCCUGUGCUAGCACUGCCAUUGCUUCUUCAAAGCGACCUCCAAUGCCCAAAAUGGUGUACGCCCUUCAAACCCCCAAGCAGCUUCGUUCCGUUCUCAAGGGCCUUGGGUUGCCAAUGGAUGGUGGCAAGGCCGAACUGACCUGGCGUCACCAGGAAUAUUCAUUGCUGUACAACGCACAGUGCGAUGCACUCAACCCGUUGUCCAACAGCCAAUUAGUCCAGGAGGUCAUUCGGCGCGAACGCGAGCGCCGCCUAACCUCCACGCAGACAAAAGGCAAACAGUUAUUGGACUAUACCGUCCGCGAUGGGGCGCAAAAAAUUGCCAAAGGACAAUCUGGCUAUGUUCGCACUCAUGCAGCCCAAUUUAAGGAGCUUCUGCAGCGAGCGCGACAAAAUCUAAAUUACAAGCCAAAAUCGCUGAAGCGACUGCGUCGCAAGCGCACAUCACGUCGUUUGACGCCCGACGAGGCCCAAACCUCUGACCAACUUCCACCAACAGAGCCUCUGCUCGCUACUGCCUCACGUCUGCCAGAGCACCUUCCACCCACUGCCGUGCCCGUUAAGAGGUCUCAGGACCGCACGCCUCCAUCUUCCAGCAGUAGUGGCGCCAAGAACCCGUCACACGGUCCUCCUCUCGAAAUGAAUACAUCUCCCGCGCCCGCCACGACAAGCGCCUCGUCGCCCAUCAUCCUGUAA